CCGAACCGGACGAUUGGAACCGCGCUUUUCUAGGUAGUUAUUGUACCUCGGGUUGAUGGUCCCUCACGGUGCCAACUCUUGAACGAACAUACGAUGGCACCUCUUUCCGAUUCAGAUAAACUACAGAAAUCUAUUCGUCGGAAUGAAUCACACUUCGAUUGCCAAUGGUAGAGCAAGCAUCUCGGCGAUGCUAAAUACAGCAGCUGCAGCGUGCAUAACAGUGCGAUAAAAGUCACAUUUCAGUGAUCCAAUAGCUAAACAUCACUCCCCAAACAGAAGCGGAAAAUCGUGACAGUGCAUGCAAUUUAGUUUAAAUCAAAUUCUGCAAGUUUCGCUAUCGAACGGUGCCCGGUGAAUCGCUCGAUGUGCACCAGCUGAUCAAACAUAACCUCCAAACUGGGUGGGGAAUGCUGCAGCAUUGAGAGCAGCAUCAACGGCAUCCCAACCGAAGGAUAAGAGAAACAAGUGCGGUGCAGAAUUAUUUUUUUCAGUGCACAAAGAAGCGAAAGUUCCAAUAUACAAACAUGUCACUCACGGUGCGGAUCAACAAAUUUCAACUGCCGAAGGCGAAAACGAACCUGCUCGGGCGGGUGGAGUUCAGGGGUGUCGCUCACAUCACCACUGAACUCAACUGCAGCACUGAAUUCGUGGAUGUCAAUCAGAGCUUCAUAUGGCCCCUGGCGCGAACGGCCGACGAGGACGAACCGGUGAUUUUCGAACUGCGCCAGCAGACCACCAUGGUGCUGUUCAAGACCGGCAUCGGAGGAUCGGCGACCAGCCGGGGCAGGAGCCUCGGCACCAUCACCAGCAGCACCAAACUCAUCGGCCGGUACGUGAUGCUGAUGCAAGGUCUUCUCCGCGAGGGUCGCCUCCACGUGCAGGACCGCCUGGUGGAUCUUUCCAACAAGCCAAUCGACGCCUACAUCAGCUUCGACGUCAGCUACCAGAGUCCGGACGACGAGGCCGGCAAUUUCGAUUCAUCCCACGUAGUUAAAACGCUUCGCCAGCAGCAGUCCGGUAGCAGCAUUGAUGACGACCAACAAAUGCUGCUCGACAUCGAGCAGAACAUUGCCAACCUGGAGAAAACCCUUACUCAGGGCAAUCGUAGUGCAGGGUCUACGGCUCAGCCUGGUCGCAGUUCCAUUUCGGGAAACGGCGAAACUGACACCGGAAAUAAUAAGCCUAACAUCCUAAAGCGAGUCAUGUCCUCCGGGUCGGCAUCGCUGCACGAAAAGAGUCAAUCGCAAGCCGCCAAAUACGACAAGGCUUCCUCAGACAACGAAUCCUCACAUUCCAAGCCGGCCAAAUCGAUUUCGGACAAAAAGGUCACCCUCCGAACGGUGCGGAACUUUAUGAGGCUGGGGCGAUCGAGGCAUCCUUCCAGGGAAAGUCGAGACAGCAGCACGGAAGACGAGGGUCGAUCGUUGAUCACCGACUCGGAGGAUGUCAUAGCGUCGGGUGGGGGCCAGGCGACCAGUUUGGGUCAGCUGAGUAGUAGUCAUGGGAACGAUCUGUCCACCGGGGCGGCGGUGACUAGUCCAAGUACGGCCGGUGGAACCGGUCCGCAUGGGUACGAGAAUCUGUCGCAGGCGGGAAGUACACAAUCCAAUGCGUCCAGUGAUGGGGAGGACAACACCAACAACGAGAAGCUUAAAAAGAUAAAGCACUUGGCUAAGUGCAACGAUCAUCUGAAAUCGCAGGACUUCCAGGUGUGCGUAACGAUCAUCGAAGCGAGGCAGCUACCCGGCUUAAAUAUGGAUCCUGUGGUGUGCAUACAAGUGGGAGAUCAGAAAAAGUAUACCAGCGUGAAGGAGAGCACAAACUGUCCGUACUACAACGAGUAUUUUGUUUUCGAUUUCCACAUGCCUCCGGUGAUGCUGUUUGACAAAAUUAUAACUCUAUCUGUGCUUCAAAAUCGAGGUGUUUUCCAAACGAACAAACUCGUCGGAUCGUUCAAGCUGGACGUGGCAACGCUUUGGCACCAGAAAGAUCAUCAAUUCUAUCACAAAUGGGCACUACUGACUGAUCCGGAGGACUUCGUGUCUGGACCGAAAGGGUAUCUCAAAUGUGAUGUCGGCAUCAUCGGCAAAGGCGACACGGUAAAAGUUCCUCCCAAGUCCGAGAAGGACCCAGAUGAUAUCGAGGCUAACCUCCUUCUUCCGGACGGUGUUCCCAUCGAACGGCAACGGGCCAAGUUCAUCGUGAAGAUCUACCGUGCGGACGGUCUACCCAGGAUGAACUCUUCUUUGAUGGCAAACGUCAAACGGGCGUUCACCGGAGAGGCCAAAGACCUGGUAAAUCCGUACGUCCAGGUGUCCUUCGCUGGAUUGACCGGUAAAACCACCGUCAAGAAGGCCUCCUACAGUCCGGUGUGGAACGAGCAGCUGGUGUUCACGGAGAUGUUCCCGCCGCUGUGCCAGCGGAUCAAGGUGCAGCUACGGGAUGCGGACCCGAUGAAGCCUUCGAUCAUCGGGACGCACUACAUCGAUCUGAAGCAGAUCUCCAACGACGGGGAGAAGGGUUUCCUGCCUACGUACGGGCCAUCGUUCGUGCAUCUUUAUGGAUCAACGCGGGACUACAACCUGUUGGAUCAGCACUCGAACCUGAAUACGGGACUGGGCGAAGGGGUGAGCUACCGGGCACGGUUGUUGAUUGCGAUUCGGACGGAGAUUACGGAUAAUGUGGAGCUGUUUACCGAUAAGAAUGUCGACCUGGAGUCCACCCUUCCGAUUUCGGAGUCAUCGUACUGCAAGAACGACGACUUCUUCCUAUUCGGUACCGUCCUGGAGGCAUCGAUGAUCGACAAGAAGGUCUGCGACCGGCCGGUUUUCUUCGAACUGAGCAUGGGCAAUGCCGGCAACUCGCUGGACGGUCACAACGAAAGCGCCACAAACAUGAGCGACGAUGACGAGCUGGAAGCGGUCGAUACAACCUCGUACAGCAGUACAACAAGUGCCUCGAAACCGAUCUCCCACGACAAGAAUCACUUCUUUCUGCCGUACUGGGACAACAAACCGUGCAUGGACGUGCGGUGUUCCUUCCCGGACUUGAGGAGACGGAUGUACAACAGCAACAUGAUCGCGAAGAUCACCGAGCGGAUGGAGAUCGGACUGGUGGAGACCAAUCUGCUGAUUGAGGAUGAAGACCCGACGUCGGAGGUGAAGCUUCGGGCAGUGCUGGAAGAGGUCGCAACCAGUUGUAACAAGUACGUUCAGAUUACGAAAGGGGCGUUGGUGGGGCCGGGAACGGGUAAAACAAAACUAGACAAGGAAAGGAUGAAGCUUUGUCAGCGCGAGGUUGAGUCAAUUGGAAAUAUGUCACGGAACUUACGGGCUUUGGUGACAAAAAGUUCCAUGAAGGAACGUUACAAGACGGCUCAUUCCUAUUUGGGUAAACUGAAGUUCUUGAUAGACGAUCCUCAGCAUGCAUUGCCGGAUGUGUUCAUCUGGAUGAUUGCCAACGGGAAGCGUGUAGCGUAUCAUAGAAUAAGUGCAAGGGACUUGAUCUACUCCACAACGGAGGAGGAAACGGGAGUGUUCUGUGGGAAAGUGCAGACUAUUUUCCUAAAGUUGCCGGGAAAGCAAGCGGAGGGUCCAGCCGGAUGGCAAGUGAGGGCGAAGUUGCAUAUCUACCUCUGGUUGGGAGUGUUGAAGCACAAGAAGUCAUUCUACGCGGGAUUGCCUCGUGGCUAUGAGUUGUCAUAUGAUUUGAAGCAUGCAGACAAGCCGAAUGUGCCAGCCCCCACGGAUGUGCGAUACGUGGAUAAGCAUGUAUUCCAGUUGCGGGCUCAUGUGUACCAGGCGAGAUCUUUGAUAGGGUCGGAUGCUUCUGGAUUGAGUGAUCCUUACGCGACGGUGUACAUCACCGAGUUGGCCAGAACCACGCAGGUGAUCGAAGAAACGUUAAGUCCGACGUGGGACGAACAAUUAGUGUUCGAAGACAUUGUGAUCUAUGGAGCGAAAGAAGAGAUCAAGAAGGAUCCCCCAACGAUUGUGAUAGAUAUUUAUGAUCAGGAUAAAGUUGGCAAAUCUGAGUUCAUCGGAAGAGCACUGGCGAAGCCAAGGAUCAAGCUGAAAGAUAACCACUAUUCAAAUCCGGUGCUCGAAUGGUUUGAGAUUACACGCGGACUAGACAACGCUGGAGAGCUUCUAGCAGCAUUUGAAAUGUUAGAAUUAGGGUCCGACGACAUCCCACGACUGACGGAUCCGAAGUACAUAGCAACGGAGUUCCGAACUGAUAAAUCUGGACCAGCCACAAUGACGAUCCUACCAGUUCCGAGAGAGGUUCGGCCGAAUCUGGCAAGGUUCCGCAUAGAAGUCCUGUUCUGGGGUUUGCGGGAUCUGAAGCGAGUUCAUUUCAUGACAGUGGAUAAGCCACGAAUAGACAUUGAAUGUUCCGGAAAAAUACUCAACUCUAGCAUAAUCCAGAACGCUAAGAAGAAUCCGAACUUUGCCAAUAUGCUCAAGUUCUUCGACCUGGAGCUGCCAGUCGAGGAACGAUACGCCCCACCCAUCACGAUUCGUGCCGUUGAUUGUAGAUCCUUUGGCCGAUACACCCUCGUAGGAACCCACCAAAUUACAUCCAUUCACAAAUACAUGCAUCGAGCACCUCCGAAAGACGACACAAGGCGCGUAAACCAAAACGGCCAGAUUGUACUCUCGAAGCAAAAAGAUAUGAUAGGAAACAAUACGACCAUGCCCCAUGACAGUGCCAUGAUGAAAUCAAUCUCCGGCGAUAACCUCACACUAUACGGAGCCGCCUGCGUAAGCAAGGUAGCCAAAGGUAAGAAAACGAAACGGAAACUUGAACAUGAAGACACCUUUGACGCGGAAGACGACGACGAAUCCAGCAAAGACUGGUGGACCAAAUAUUUCCUAUCGUACGAAAAACUUAUCGAAGCAUCAAAACCUUCGGCUGGUUGUCGAGCUUUAGAGAACCACAUUCCGACCACUGAAGGUGGUAAAAAGCUAGGUGUCAAGACAUCGAAACUGGUGUCCAAGCUCAGUCCAAAGACGACCCCGAAGAAGACAGCCAGUCCGAACACUGCCACCUGCCACAUCUAUCCGACUGAAUUGGAAACUCUUCCGGAGUACAACAACUUCAAGGAAUGGCUUCUAUCCUUCCCGCUGUAUCGUGGGAAGAAAACUGGUGACAGCACAGAGGACGAGAAUCGAAUAGUUGGGUUCUUCAAGGGUGCUAUCAAGGUGUACAAGCUUCCGAUUGAAAAGGGUAUGGAACCUGCCUUUGCUCCCACACUCCCCCUAAACGACCCAAUUCAUGUACUGGUUCGAGUUUACAUCGUCAAAGCUACCGACCUACAUCCCAUGGAUUUGAACGGUAAGGCCGACCCGUACGUAGUGCUUCAGCUGGGCGGCAAACGGGUAUCGGACAAAGAGAACUACGUCAGCAAGCAGUUGAACCCGGUGUUUGGAAAGUGUUUCGAAAUUGAGGCAACCUUCCCACAGGACUCGAUGCUAACGGUGCAGAUCUACGACUGGGACCUGGUGGGAUCGGACGACCUGAUUGGAGAAACGAAGAUCGACCUGGAGAACCGAUUCUACAGCAAGCACCGUGCGAUGUGCGGAAUCGCCGCUCGAUAUGAGGACACCGGGUACAACCAGUGGCGCGAUCCAAUGAAGCCAACGCAGAUUCUAACCAAACUGUGUAAAGAGAACAAGCUAGAGCCUCCACAGUACCAGCAGGAUCGGGUCACGAUCGGAAGGUAUUGCUUCACGUUCAGCAACGAAGAGAUCCAGACGUGGAAUCAACCAACGACUUGCAAAUUCCGGGACGAGCACUUGGCACUUGCCGUUCUACAUCGGUGGGACGAGGUGCCUAGGGUUGGUUGCAAGAUCGUUCCCGAACACAUUGAGUCUAGAUCGUUGUACAGCUGUGACAAACCAGGCAUCGAACAGGGAAAACUGGAGAUGUGGGUCGAUAUGUUUCCAAUGGAUAUGCCUUUACCAGGACCACCCGUCGACAUAUCUCCACGGAAACCCAAAUCGUACGAGCUACGAGUGGUCAUCUGGAACACAGACGACGUAGUCUUGGAAGAUGAUGCGUUCUUCACCGGUGAGAAAAUGUCUGACAUCUAUGUGAAAGGUUGGCUCAAAGGUCCGCAGGACAUUCAAGCAACGGACAUCCACUACCGAUCCCUCACCGGUGAAGGUAACUUCAACUGGCGCUUCAUCUAUCCAUUCGAGUACUUGGCGGCUGAAGAGCGAAUCGUCCUCUCCAGGAAGGAGUCCCUCUUCAGCUGGGACGAAACGGAGGUCAAAAUCCCGGCCCGAUUAGAACUCCAGGUGUGGGAUGCGGAUCAUUUUUCGGCCGAUGACUUCCUGGGAGCGAUUUCGUUGAAUCUGAAUCGUUUCCCGAGGGGUGCCAAAUCUUCCAAACUAUGCACGCUGGAUAUGCUCAAGACCGACAAUGUGCCGACGGUGAACAUCUUCAAGCAGAAAAGGGUUCGCGGGUGGUGGCCGUUCUUCAUCAAGAAGGAAAACGAUGAGAUGGAACUGACGGGCAAGGUGGAGGCCGAAAUUCAUCUGUUGACGAAGGACGAGGCGGAGAAGAACCCGGCCGGUUAUGGGCGGAACGAACCGGAUCCAUUGGAGAAACCGAACCGCCCGGAUGCUUCGUUCAUGUGGUUCCUGAAUCCGCUCAAAUCGAUCCGCUACAUCAUCUGGCACAACUACAAGUGGCGCAUCAUCAAGGGCCUCAUCAUCCUCGGGCUGGCCAUCCUGAUACUGCUGUUCUUCUACGCCAUCCCGGGCUACUCGGUCAAGCGGAUGCUCGGGGCGUAAACACUAACACUGACUAUGCUUCCCGAGUUGUUUGUUGAUUUUGUAAGGCAUUCAUUUUGGUUAGUCUGUUAUCGAUUAGUUUAAUCUGUGAAACUGCAUUAUCUUCGAGCAAAAUUAUUCAAAACUGUUGAAUUUAGUUUAACUACAUGGUAAUCGCCAAAACCUGUCAAAACAUAAUUUGUACUAUAAAUUUAUUUUCUUGUUUUAUCUUUACUUCAACAAGCUGUUAGUGGAUUAAAAUUAAUUUCUUCUAAUUUUAAAUAUUAGGAUUUUCCUACAAAUUCAUGUUAUUUACCCAUUUAUGCCACUGCAUUCGUUGGUAGAAUUAGAAAAUAACAUCGAACAACAGCGCAGCGUUAUUAUAGCAUAUCAGUAUUAACAGACCACGAACUAAAGGUAGUCAUUUUACAAGAAAGGUGUACAAAUAUAUAGAACAAAUGAAAGAUGAACGACGUUUUGUAAAUAAAGUAAAAUAAACUAUUAUCGUUUUCCCAAUCAAAUCAUAUUUACACCAUUCAAAUUUCUCUCGAAGUUUUCAUCUACUUUUAACUCGCAUGUCGCGAACGAAAAAGCCAGAAUCAGAAAGCUUUCAAUCUUUCCUCAAUCAAAUUUUGUCAAUCAAUAAACUUCACAAACGCAACACAUGCUACUAUCCAAGCUUAUCAAAGCUAGUAGUUAGUGUACCAUCAAAUAAGUGAAUAGAUAUCAAAUUCUCCCAGUCAUAUCGCUCGAAACCUUAUACAGACAGUAGCGAAAUAGAGUGAGCUUCAAAAAGUCAGACCAAUCAAGCCGUCAACGUUUAUUACCAAGCAUUUAUAGUUAAAACCGAUAAAGCCCCACCCGAGAUGCACAACCCAAUAUGGAUGAAAAAUAUCAAGUUUUAAAUGUAAACAGAUUAUUGUUACUGCAUAUUCAAACAAGAUGUAUUUUAUUCUCCAAUACCAUUGUAAUGAGAGCUGUCUAAUGGACAAACGGCAGCUUACGCGAGUGUAACAGAUUUUAUACAAUGUUGAAACAGUUUUAGAUUCUCUAUUCAAAUCGAUUUAAGUUUAACACUCCUAUUCGCUCCGCAGUUUCAAAUCUCUACAAGAGUACAGAAAACAUUGCGCCACUACUUUUAUUACUCUAUAGCUUUAUUUCUCUACGAAUCUACACCUAAACUAUGGAUGUUAACACCAAGGAAA